CGACAAGAUCUUUGGCAUGAUCGCAACAUUUUGAGGCAGCCUCAGUCGGUCCUGGAGGCCUGUCGCGCGCAGAGGGACGGGCGGCGGCGGCGGCGGUAUAUCCUGGAUCCCCGCCCGCUGUUCUCGCCUGUACAGUGAUCAAUAGACGUCUCUUCUGUGCUCCGCUCUCUCAACACGAUCGCGGAACUCAGUACCCACUCUCAUCUCAUCUUCGUUUGCUUCAGUCGGCGCUGCAGUGACUUGUGGUGUUUCUUGCACAUUUCGCCGAUUUAACGCGUCUUCCGACACCUAACGAGAUGAAGUGGUUAGCAUUAUGCGUAUUAGCCGUCGUAUUGAUAACUCUGGCUGUGGCAGACGGAGAGAUAUGGGAGGAAGACGACCAUGAAGUGCUUAUCAGAAGUGAACGAGGAGCCAAGAAUCGUGAAUGCAGAUAUGGCAAAGGAGCAUGGUCGGAAUGUGACUCGAAGACCAACAUGCGUUCGCGAACGUUGACAUUAAAGAAAGGCAACCAGACCACAUGUGAAUCUACGAAAACCAUUCAGAAGAAAUGCAAGAAAGCGUGUCGAUACGAAAAAGGAACCUGGGGCGACUGUAACGCUCAAAGUUUGAUGACGCGAAACGACAAACUGAAACCCAACAGUGACGCAAGUUGUGAACAGAACCGGCAAAUCACAAAAAAAUGUAAACCUAAAAGCGUCAAACCAACGAAAGGUAAAGCCACUCGUCGCAACAGGCAGUAGAAGAGUGUGGACAUCUAGGAUAAAAUCAUUUUCGAUUUAUAGCAACUAAGUAAUUCAUUCAUCUUAAUUAUACUCCUUCUUUUGCCCCACUUAUAUGGGUGUAGAUUAUGGGCCACAUAUAAAAACCCACAUUUAGUUGGGUCGUUCGAUGGCUGAAACUUACUAAUGUCGCUUAGUAAUCUACACCUAUAAAGACCAACCAACCACUCUUAACCAUUAACCCUCUACGGCCCACUGCCAAUAAAAUCACAAAACUGAUCUUUCUCAUCCCUUCAACUGACCACCCUCAUUACCUAAACAAUGUAAAUACCACCACAGGGUUAACUGCGGAGGAAUUUACGUUAAUUUCAAAUGUAUAGAUGUUUGUUGUAGGGUUGUACAAUAGUAUAAUCAUCGAAAAUAUGUGUGUAAUUGUUACAGUUCAUUUUAAUUAUAAUAUUUUCAAUUAUUAUUUUUCGUAUGUAAUAUUUUUUACUUAACUAUAAAUGUGGAUGUGGACUUAAUCUAACAUAAUAUUAUAUCACUGUAUUUGACACAUUCAGACAAAGAAAUAAAAUGUUUAACAUUA